AUGGAUAUUGAGCCGAAUGAAUUUCCCGAAGAGUCAGACAUCGAAAGGUCAAAUGUCGAAGAGUCAAACAUUGAAGAAUCGGAAGAAAUCCCAAAGAAACCUUUUGUACCUUGUUUAGCAAGAGUAGAGUAUGAUUAUGAAGCCCGAGAAACUGGAGAAUUGUCUCUUGAUAAAGGUGAUAUGUUAACAGUACUUGAGCAAGAUCAAGGAUGGUGGAAAGGGGAUUUAAAUGGAAAGAUUGGCGUAUUUCCCGCAAAUCAUGUUAAAUUAAUUGAGACUCAAAAUAAAUCUGUUGAUGAAGAUGAUGAAAAUGAAGGAAAAGGAAAAAUAACCAAGAAACUUAUGAAUUAUGGUGUUAAACCAGGAGGACUUGGCAGUUUAUUUUCUGGUGGAUUCCCUUUAAAAAAUACUAGACGCAGUCAAAAUACAUCAGAAUCCAGCGGGUAUGAUGAAAAAACCGAAGAAAAGCAUGUCUCAAGAAAGACAAAUCGCAGCUCUUCAGAAGAUCAUUCUGAACCAUCAAAAGAUAAUAAAUUAGCUACACCACCUUCGCCCGAAAUUUCGCGAGAGCAUCAAGAUUCUAUAGCUAAACCUGUUUCUGUAAUUCCUCCGUUGCCACCAAAAAAAAAACCUCCAAAACCAAAACGUGCGGAACUAAAAGCUAAAGUCAUUUAUGAAUAUGAUGCAGACGGAGAUGAUGAAAUUAAUCUUAAAGAAGAAGAAGUUGUUGUAAUUUUGGACAAAUCUGAUGAUGAUUGGUGGAAAGGUAGAAAUGAAAAUGGAGAAGUUGGAUUGUUCCCCUCUAAUUAUGUAGAAUUAAUUACAGAAAAAGAACAGGUGGUAGGAGAAGAAGUCAAUCUUAGAUCUGUUAUCUCGGAACCUGAACUUAGACCUGAGCCCGAAUCUAUUAUUGGACCGGUAUUAACGCCUGAACCCGAACUUGAGUUUGAACCCAAGUCUGAGUUUGAACCCAGUCCCCAAGAAAUUCGUACUCGCAAAUAUCGGGAUGAAGAAGAUUCUCCCACGUUACCCAAAUCACCAUCUCCUUCACUUUCAAGACGUCCGACUUACGGCGUUAAUAUUCUUUCACCACCUAUUAAACGUUCGUCUACAUCCAGUCGACGUUCAUUACAUGAAUCAUCAUUAGAUUCUUCUGAACUUCAAUCUGAUCAUGAAGAUAAUUUGCCUACUCCUAGACGAACUUCAAGCGAAGGGGGAGAAGCAUACGCUAGCCACGGACCUUCUUCUCUAGUGUCUCCUACAUCUCCUACUCCCCCUACCCAGCCUCCUAUUCCUUUUAGUUCUAAGCCUCCAUCAUCAGGAACUCGACCAUCAAAGAAUGUUUUGCCCGAUAUUCCAGUUGAUUCUGAAGAUCCUCCAGUACCUCCACCUAGAAUUAGACCUACAUCACAAUAUGAAAUUAAAACUGAAGCGCCUAAAUCACCACCGGUUCCUUUAGCGAGACCACCUUCAGUUCCAAAACCUGGAUUUACUCCAGCCAAACCUCCCUCAGUACCAAGAAGAUCUUCGACAUCUAAUAAAAACAUUUCAAUUGUGUCUAGUGAAAAAAUUAAUGAAAAAUCAGAACCAAUAAAAGUCAAGUCUCCUAAGUUAUACUCAGAAGAGCCGGAAGAUGCAGAUUAUAAUACUUAUGAAUCUACCAAAGAACCGGAGGAAGAAGUUACAGAAAUUGAAAAAGAAGUACCUGUAAAGAAAGAUGAAAUGGAUAUUGAAGUUGAAAAAAAUAUUGAAAAAAAAGAGGAAAUGGAAGUUAUUGCUAAAGAACAAGAAGAAAUAGAAGUUAUUGCUAAAGAACCAGUUGAAAAAGAGAUCAAAGAAAAAGAGACAGAACUUCCACCUAUUCCAGUUGGGCCUAAAUUGACUAGUUUGAAUGUUUCAAGGCCAGCAAUCAAAGGUCGAAGACCUCCGGGAAAAAAUACAGUAACUCAAAGUCAAAAUGAAUUAUUAGAACAAGCAAUAGCAAAGGACAAAGAAGAAGUAGAGGAACCCAAAGAUAAAUCUAAUCAACCAACGCUACCAUCAAAACCAAUAAAACCUAUGAAACCUAAUAUGUUUAAAUUACCAUUUGCAGGAGGGGGAAUGCCGACAUUACGUUCUGUCCCCAAGAAACCAAUUGAAUUAUCAUCACAAGGUUCCGCUGAAUCAAAGAAUGUAGUUACUACUGCUACUACUACCACAAACACUGAAACAGGUAGCAAGCCAUCCUUUGGAGGGGUCAGAUCAUACGCCUCAAAGUUUAACGUUCCUAAUCAAUCAACAGAUGUGGAAUUCAAAUUGAAGAAAUGGUUCAAUGAAGAGAUCAAUAAAGUUAAAACCCAUUUUGAAACACAAUUGGCGGUAGAAAGAAAAAAGCGUGAAGAAUUGGAAGAUUUAGUUCGGGAAAUUGAAUCAAGAUUUGAUGAAUAA